GCUGACGGCCCACUCAACUAUUUCGUGUACGGACGGCUUGAAUGUGAGAACGUCAGUAUUGGCAAGAUGCUGGGGGGUGCCAUGGGAGAUGACCACCCUAUGGAUCUGCAGCUUGACUGCGUGACGCUGGUGGCGGCGAGUAAGGACAUUUCUAACGAUUACGGCCUGAAUGCGGCGCGGUUCCCGAUCAAGGAAGGAAUCUUCCUUUGCGCUGAACUAAAGUCGGUGCCGUUUGUUGGUGACUUGUGCAAGGGCACAUCGCCAGAGGACAGGUACAUCCUCCGUGCUGAAUAUUCCAAGAAGGGCGGUCUCAGCGUCGGUAUCAUCUUGCCUGAGAGCAUUCGAAUCGAGCUAUCUCCCACCGUGGUGUCCGGACCAUUGACACUCAUCAUUGAAACUCAGCCCGAGUUGCGUGUACUCUUCCAAGCUACACUUUGGGUCACCCCCGAAGGCGAGGAGAAGCCUCUCCAGCUCGACCUUGGCGUGGCGGCCAACAACCUGCAGGCCGCAGCCUAUGCUCAGAUGUCUGGCUGGUGGAAGAACCCCUUGGGUUUGAGUCCUAGGCUCAAGAUUGGUCCCCGCCUAACCCUGGAAGUCGAGAUUGUUUACGAACAGUUCCUCGCCACAGGAGCACCAUCCGGCAUGGGCUUCGAAGGCGGCUUCGUCGUCGACGAGGCGCUCGCCAUCAAUCUCGGAACCAACCCCAAGGAGACGCUAGUCAAGCUUCAAGCAACCCGCUUCGAAUCCAGCCAAGUCAUCAACCUCGUCAACGCGGCAGCAGACCUAGACAUCGACAAGCCCGACCGCGAGAUCAUUCGUUUCCAGGACGUCAACGUCUACGCCAGUCCGCUCGGCUGCAUCAUCGGCACACAGGUUUACCCCCCUGGCUUCGUCGUGCAGGGCAAAGCCUUCAUUCUUGACAAAAAGGUCGAGAUUGACUGCCGGAUCGGUAGUGAAGGCCUCAAGCUCAAGGGGGAAAUCGAAGGCUUCACCCUUGGUCCUCUUGCAAUCCGGGGCGGGAAGUGCGCUGAUGGCACUCAGGGAGAAAAUGCCUUCAUUGACUUUGAGAUCACUAAAGAGCGGCAGUGUUUUAAGCUCAGCGGGAGCGUGGCGCUCUGGGAUCUUGAGGCUGGUGUGUUUGUCAAGGCACAGAUCAUGCCUGAUCCGGAGCUUGAGUUCAAUUUUGAACUGGCAUGGAGUGAUCUCAUCAAGUUUCAGGUCGAUGGCAAGCUCAUCAAGCCUGAGCCUGCUGACAGGGAGUUGGAGAAGGGCGGUACUGGUGCCAAUACCGGCGCUUUGGCGAACCUUGAAGAUGCCGAUUUCCAACUCCAUGCUUUGAUGGAGCAGCGGAUCCUGACAGAGAUCUCGGAGGCGAUGCAGAAGUGGUUUGCAAGUGCUCAAGCGUCGGUUGACCAAGGUAUUGAGGAGGCCAAACGCAACGUGGACGAGGCAAAGCUUGAAUUUGAGCGUAAAUGCGAGGAGGCCAAGCAAGAGGUGAAAAGAACGCAGGCCAAGUUUGAUGCUGCCAUGGAGGCGGCCCAGGCUGAUCUGCGAGCGGAAGAGGAAAAGUGCCGCCGGGAGCAGGUUGAGAACGAGCAGUACAUCCUGGAGGAAGAGAAGCGUGCCGAUGAGCACAUUCGCCAAGCUGUUGCUGUCUUGGACGGGAAGAAACGGGAUUUCCAGGAUGACAUGGACGGCAAGAAGCGUGAUCUUGCCCAGAAACGGCGCGAUGGCGAGGAAGCCAUCAAUGGCAAGAUUCGUGAUCUCCAGGGAUCGCGGGAGAAGCUCCAGAGGGAUUUCGGCAACGCUAUUCAGGCGUUGGAGAGUGCCAGGGCACGAGUGAAUGAGGAAGAGUGGCGCGUCGAUCGAGCAAGACGGGACUAUGACGAUGCUGUUGACGACCUUGAUGACGCAGCAUGGUACGAGAAGCCAUUCAAGGCUUUCCGUGUUGGAGUCCUCGGAGCUGAGCUGGCUGUCAUGAAGAUGGCUCUUGGUGCGGCGAAUCUCAUCCUUGAUGGUGCAAGAUUCAUCGUCGAAGGCGUCGCCUACAACAUUGCACUCGGGGCUGUUAACCUGGCCGAGGGUGCUCUCCGUGCCGCCCGCGUCACGUGGGACGGCAUCAUUGCCGCCGCUCAAGCCGCUGUUGACGGUGUCGUGGCUAUCCAUGCUGCCGGAAUAGAGAUAGCAAAAGGGGCUGUCGUCAUUGCAGAAAAGACUGCUUUGGGGAUCAAGCAAGCUGCAGCAGCGACAAAGGGUGUUCUUUUGGCAGUUCAGGAAAAGAUCUUGGAGGCUGCUCGAGCUGUGGUCAAGGGAGUGGCUGAGGGGAUACACUUCAUUGCUUUCCAGACAGCACUCGCCGCGCUCGACUUUGCACAGAAGAAUACCACGUGGGUCGACAUUACAAAGGCAGGCCUCGACGCUGUUAAAGCGGUGGCAGCAGCUGUUCUUGCAACUGGCAAGUGGCUCGCCCAGCGGCUGGCUGACACGCUCAAUAUCGAAUUGGUCGAGCUGACUGGGUCUCUCAAGACCAUCACCAAAGGUGGACCUUUUACCAUCCGGGUUAAGGGUUUCAUUCUGGGCGAGGCCUUUGACUUCCGGGCGACGUGGAGUCCGCGGGAUGUUCUGGGGUUCGUGGUUGGGCUCUGUAAGGAGCUGUGGGACAGGUUCAUGGAGAAUGUGUUGGAGUUGUUUGAGGCGAGCAAAUAA